AUUGAUUUUGAAUAUGUAUAUUUCAUACAAUCAUUGAUUCAAACAAACGAUUCAAAGAAAACGAAGUGAAGAGAAGAGGGAAUGAAGUGAAACGGAUCAGAUAAGGCAAUAUGAGCCAACUAGAUUUAACCAAGUGUGAUUCAAUAUUUAGAGUCAGAUAAAAUAGGCUACAGAUAUGUGGUGAGUAGAGUGAGGAAUUAACACACACACACACACACACACACACACGCUCAUAUAAAAGCAAAGUUAAUAAGGAAAUAAUGAACAAGGUCAGAAUGUGACUUUAAGAAAUAAUGAAUAAAUCGGUCUAUUUGGAAGCUAGAAUAACCCAUGUGGAUUUGAUAUGGUACUAGACACUAAAAAUUUAUUCUAGUAAGUUUACAGUGAAACUGUGAAUAUAAAAACUUGAAAUAUGAAUAGUAAGUAAAUGAGCAUCAGUGUCCUCAUGUAUUCACUUUGAUAAACUAUAUAGAAGACUGACUGAAUAUGUUUUCUUCAAGGGAGUGGUGAAAGUGUGUAUUCACCUUUAACAUACUACGUAUAAAAAGCAUUCAAAAAUACUAAGUCACAAAGAGUUUUGUUACAGAAAAGUUUUGAUAAAGUGACUCCGCGAAGACAUAACCCAACUAGCUUCAACCGUAUUAUCGAUCAUAGAAAGUAAAGAUAGACACAUACUGAUGACAAUUUAUUGUCAGUUUAUACCUAAAUGUAAUUUCAGUCAGUUUUAUAGGAAGUCCUUAGUGUAAACAACCUGUUAGUUAUAAUGUCAUUUGCUUUUUAUUAACAACCAAUAUUUAUUUAUUUAAACACAUAAAUACUGGUACAAGAAGGCACUAAAUAGAUAUGCGCCACGUAAAUCGAAUGAUUUAUGUGAGGGCUGGGAUACUGCCCAGGUGUCCAAACCGUAGCAGGUGGUUUUCUCAGGGGGCCAUACCCGGAGCCUUCGACCUAAAGGUCUGAUCCACAAGGCAGUGGAGCAACGUCAGGAGAUGAAGUCCCGUGGUAGCCUGUGACCAGCAAUAGGUUCAUACGCCUUUUGUUCUUUCAGGAUACUGGGGCCUAUUUGCACCAUUGGUUUGGAAUCAUGGUUUCCCAACUCACCUAGGGGGACUCUUCGUGUCCAUCAAACCGGUUAAAGCGCUGAACAUUUGAUUUUCAUCCUCUCAAUUUCGUAAACAACAGUAGUGUCGCGAGAAGGCAGUGAGUAGGACUUUUCUGGUAGUGGUUGUAUGCACGUGGCCAGCAUUUCGAGAGAGAGACAGGGCUGACUCUCCCCACUCUCGGUCGUACCAGGACAUUUGAAGGCAACAAGUCAUUUACCAUCUAUAAUUAUCCUGGAAUAUGUGGGCUGGGGAUAAACUCAACGUUGUCAAGUCACUUAAAUGUAUCGCAUUCAGUAAUUAUAAUUAUGUUUUCCUUUAUUUAUUCACUCAAUUGUAGAUAUUUUGCAACAAUUUCUUUUAUAGAAUUAAUUGAAGGUAUGACUUUUAUUAUGUUGUAAGUCUUCUUCCAUUAUGACUGAGUGCGCUUGACUUAACACAUCUGUAGUACGAUGGAGUGGUAUUUUCACGUAGAAAACUUGAUAUUUUUCAUAUAAGCCGGAAAAAAAAACAGAACGAACAUGCUCUUCAUCAUGGACUAUGAUGGUUGCCAGGUUCAAGGUCAAAAUUGCGAAUGAGAGUGAAAUUUAUCCUCAAAUAACAUUUACAUGUGAAAAAUAGAUCAACUAGACAAAUGCAAGUUAAAACGAAACAACGUUAAUAAAGAAAAUAAUAUGAAAGUCACCACUCUGGAUGUUAAUCAAUAUUACUAGGGUAGAUAAUAAAAUGGGGCCAAAAUGUUUUGAAUAUAUAAUCAGAGUUUGAAUUUUCAAGUGAACAAGGCUUCAAUCAACUUAAGUAUACAUCUUAGAUAUAUUAGUACAAAAUCACAAAGACUAAGUUAAGAUCAACCAUAUGACUUAUUUCUGUUGUGCUUAGCAAUUGAGGAUCAUGAAUGUUUAUCAUCUGCUCUUAUUGGGUCAGUUGAUUUUAUUUGUUUCUGUCCAAAGGCUGUAAUCUCCAAACUACUAUUGCUAUUCCUUAUGUAUACAUGGCCAACCACAAAUAUAAAUUGAUAAACACAGUAGAAUGUAAUGCAAUCAUUUAAAUACCAUUCUAGUUUUUGACGAAGCAUGGAUCUUACUUUUUCAGUCAUCUAUUAUAUUCGCUAUACAGUAUAAGUGAUUGUGGGUGGUUAAUACUGUCAUUGGUGCAUUUGUUUAUCGAUCACACAGUACACUAGGUACUUGUAAAACAUCCCACUAUGUCCAACUAUAACAUGCAAAUGUGAUAUCACAUAGUGAUCACUUAUCUAAAUCAACUUCGAAGAUCAUAGAAAAUAUCCUGAUAAACAAUUUUGAUCUCAGACAAAUAUUUGGGAUUACAGAAAUUCACAACUUUCCAUCAUUUAUGUCAACGAAUUCAUCAAAUAGUAUUUCAUCUAAACAAGUAAAACAUCAAACUAUUCACAAUAAACGUACAAAGACCCCAAUCACUUCCAGAACAGAAGUUAGAGAGCCUUUGCAUCAGUUAGAGACUCUAAAGAACGAAAAUGCCAGAUAUAUUUGGUUAACAAGACAAACACAACGAAGUACACCUGUUUUGAACCAGGAGCGACAAUAUGGUCGGAUCAACCUAAUUUCCACACACCGAGGAGAAUCUCCAUCCAGAAGUGGGAAAAGUGAAACGUCUAGUGCAAGAGCGGAACACAGAGGAGGAUUAUUUAAUGUACAUAUGAACAGUGGAAUUAAAGCCCCGUAUUACAUAAUACAUCCGGAAUGGUUAAGUGAGACUAUGACAAUACGACAACUUGGGUUAUCACCUAGACCAACUCCACUGCCAAUAACUAACUGUCUAGACGACAACCAACUGAAUAAACGCAGUCAAACAACAAAUUCUAUUUGUCCAGGAUCUUCAAGGAGAAAUAUGUGUACAGAUUCAUUGGGCUUAGGACAACCAUCUUUUAAUCGUUGUAGAAGUUUACCACCGAAGUCAAUAAAUCCCAUAACAUGGGACAGUUACGGAAAUAAUCCUUGAAAAACUGACAGUGAAACAAUUGGUAAAUGAUUAUAUUAAAGAAAUAAGGGUUACAAAAAAAAGAAAUUUGAUUCAUUAAGAAAA